AUGGGGAAUGGUGGUAAUGGGGAAGGUGGUAAUGAGGGUGGUGGUGGUGGUGGUGGUGGAAAUGGAGUUGGUGGUAAUGGGGAAGGUGUUGGUGGUGGUGGUAAUAGGGAAGGUGGUGGUGGUGGUGGUGGUGGUGGUGGAAAUGGGGAAGGUGGUGGUAAUGGGGUGGUGAAUAUGGGGAAGGUGGUGGUACUUGGGGUGGCGGUGGUGGUGGUGGAAAUGGAGGUGGUGGAAAGGGGGAAGGUUUUGGUGGUGGUGGUAAUGGGAGAGGAAAACAAAUACAUUGGCACUCUAUUAGAGGAAUACAAUGACAAUGACAAUAUAUUAGAGAAAAACAAUGACAGUGGCACUCUAUUAGAGGAAUACAAUGACAAUGACAAUUCAUUAGAGGAAAACAAUGACAGUGGCACUCUAUUAGAGGAAUACAAUGACAAUGACAAUAUAUUAGAGGAAAACAAUGACAGUGGCACUCUAUUAGAGGAAUACAAUGACAAUGACACUCAAUUACAGGAAUACAAUGACAGUGGCACUCUAUUAGAGGAAUAUAAUGACAGUGGCACUCUAUUACAGGAAUACAAUGACAAUGACAAUAUAUUACAGGAAUACAAUGACAGUGGCACUCUAUUAGAGGAAUACAAUGACAAUGACAAUAUAUUAGAGGAAAACAAUGGCAGUGGCACUCUAUUAGAGGAAUACAAUGACAAUGACACUCUAUUACAGGAAUACAAUGACAGUGGCACUCUAUUAGAGGAAUACAAUGACAAUGACAAUAUAUUAGAGGAAAACAAUUACAAUCAAUUGGAGGAAAACAAUGACAAUGGCACUCUAUUAGAGGAAAACAAUGACAAUGGCACUUUCUAA